UCUCUAGUAUCGUGGCUGCAUUAAUUGUCUUCCUGCCUAUUCCAUCCGUAUUGACAGUUCAUUGGGUCCUAGUCAUAGAGAAAUAACAACAAGUUCAUAGAAGAGUGGGUGGGGAACAAGUUGUUAUUUCUCUAUGGUCCUAGUUGGGUGAGUCCAGUGAGUCUGAGUACUUGAGCGAACGGAAUUUUUAGUUUUGGUUUUGAGUUUUGAGCUUGGCAAUAAAAAAAGUCUUGGUUGUGUAGAAAGCUUACCUACUUUACUUACAUAAAUUUGUUUAUUAACUAUGGAAGAAAGUGUUAACUAUGGAAGUUAAAGUUGAAAAGGAAGAGUUUGCAGACUAUGACCAAAAAGAUCUAGAGAAUCAAUUAUCCACAUCAAUAGAUCUUCAAGAUUUUAAGGAAGAGCCAAAGGAAAAUCAACCAGGUUGCCUGCAGAAAAACAACAUUCAUUCAUCUCGCAAUGAAGAAGAUGUGGGUAGACAUGAUCAAGAAACAAUUAAAAAUAAAAAUAUAAAAGUUAAGAUUGGAAAAGGAUCUCACAAAUGUGAAAUUUGUUUCAAGCAAUUUUCUCAAACAAAUCAUUUGAGAAAUCAUAUGAUGAGUCACAAUAGAAAAAAAUCUUACAAGUGCGAACUUUGUUUUAAGCAGUUUACUCUAGCCGGUAGUUUGAAAGUACACAUGAUGAUUCACACUGGUGAAAAGCCUUACAAGUGUGAUAUUUGUUUGAAGCAGUUUAUUGCACGAAGUAAUCUGAAAUCACAUAUUAUGACCCACACUAGAGAGAAGCCUUAUAAGUGCGAGAUAUGUCUUAAGCAGUUUAAGCAAGCAAGUAAUUUAAAAACACAUUUGAUGGCUCACACUGGAGUAUAUCCUCACAAAUGUGAAAUUUGUUUGAAAAAGUUUACUUCAGCUGCUACUCUAAAACAACAUACGAUGAUUCACACUGGAGAAAAACCUCACAAGUGUGAAAUUUGUUUGCAACAGUUCGCUGCAUCAAAUACUCUGAAAUUACAUAUGAGGACUCACACUGGAUACAAGCCUUACAAAUGUGAAUUUUGUUUCAAGCAGUUUACUCAAUCAAGUGUAUUCAAAUACCAUUUGAGAAGACACACUAGAGAAAAUCUGUACAAGUGUGAAGUUUGUUUUAAGGAGUUUACUCAAGCCGGUUUGUUGAAAUCACACAUGAUGACUCACACUUGUGAAAAACCUAAUAAAUGUGAAAUUUGUUUCAAACAGUUUGCUAAAACAUUUCAGGUGAAAAGGCAUAUGUUGACUCACACUGGAGAAAAACCUUACAAGUGCGAAGUUUGUUUGAAACAAUUCACUACAGCACUUAAUCUGAAAACACAUACGAUGACUCACACUGGAGAAAAGCCAUACAAAUGCAAAAUUUGUCAAAAGCAGUUUAUUCAAGCCCAUCAUUUGAAAGCACAUAUGAUGACUCACACUGGAGUAAAACUUCACAAGUGCAAAAUUUGUUUGAAACAGUUUACUACAGCAAGUUCUGUGAAAACACAUAUGAUGAUUCACACUGGAGGGAAGCCGUUUAAGUGUGAAGUUUGUUUCAAGCAGUUUUCUGUACCAAGUCAAUUGAAAUUACAUAUGAUGACUCACACCGGAGAAAAACCUCACAAAUGUGAAAUUUGUUUGAAACAGUUUAUUGUACCAAGGGUUCUGAAACUACAUAUGAUGACUCACACUGGAGAAAGAAAUUAUAAGUGUGAUAUUUGUUUGAAGCAGUUUACUGCUUCAAGUGGUUUGACAAGACAUUUGAGAAUACACACUGGAGAAAAGCCUUAUAAGUGCGAGAUUUGUUUGAAACAGUUUAAUGAAAGCGGCCAUUUGAAAUCACAUAUGAUGACUCACACUGGAGAAAAGCCCUACACCUGCGAUAUUUGUCUUAAGCAGUUUGUUCAAUCUGGUACUUUGAAAUCACAUGUGAAGACACACCGAAGUAAAUCCUCACAAAUGAAGACAUAAAUGGAUAAAGGUCAUAUGCCACUAAAUAAUGUUUUUGAGUAAUGAGCAUUCUAGUAUCUUUUGUUCCAAAUUAAUUAUUUGUUUUAUAAAUUUGAAUUGCUACACUUUUUUAAACAGAAAUCUGUAGGUACUUUUUUACACUUUAAAUUUAAUUUAAAAAAAGUUACCUUAAGCCAAAUAUUUCAAAGUUUGUGGACAUAUUACCUUUAUCCACAUAGUAAAAAUAAUUAAAAAAUGUUAGGGUUAAGUGGAUAAAAGAGUUAAGUAUCAAAAAUAAUCAUUUAUUUUCAAAAAAAUUACAAUCCAAGAUGUAAAAUUAAUAAAAAUAUAUUUUUUAGUAGGUUU